UUAAGGGAAAGGCGAGAAAAAUAAUCCUCAGUGACUCUGGUUCACUCAAGGUCCAUAAAAAUCUCUCAGCGACUUAAUUUAAUCCGAUCAGCACUUGAAAUUCCCUUAAUUAGUUUACUCACUUUACCAAUUCCAUUUCCAAUACUCUUUGUUACCCAUUGACCACUGAUUGUUUCCUUUGGUUUAGUUCAUUUCAUCUUUAACCACCAGCUGGUCGAAAAUGUAUUUCCAACCAAUCAUUAACACGUGUUUCGUCAUUUUUUCCAUUUCGAUUGUUAAUUUAAUUCAAAUUAAUUGCCAAAAUUCAGCUCCUGGCAUUUAUGCUGGAAUACUUACGGACAAUAGUCCAAAAUGUGUCGAGUCUCUCAAACAGCUUGAUGCAAAUUCAAAAUCAGUCCUGUUGAUGGACGGGAAACGUAUUCUGCCUAAAAAUGAACCACUUAGAGACCAAUUUUGUGGACCUCUGAAACAAUUAUCAAGGCAAGCUGGGGUCUAUUUAAAAUGUACCACACCUUUCAUCGGACAAACAGCAACCAUUUUGAUCAAUGGUCUCAAAAAGCCGAUCAAACACAUAUGCAAAGCAUCUAUUGAUAGCAUCAAGAAGCAUUACAUUUGCAUGGAUGAUGAAUACAUUGAUAAAUUAUUGACGAUUGAAGCACAAUUCUUGGAUUCAUUAACAGCAUUAAACAGUGUCAACGGUGUUCCCCGUGAUAUGGUUGUUCCUGGUCUGUGCUGUACCACUAACCGAAUGCUCGAUUCAAUCAAAGCAAUCGUUCACAAAAAGUGUCCUGAUCCAACUGCGAAACCAAAUGAAUUUCUUCAUGCUCGUGUCCAUGAAUCGAUUCGUGAUGUUGUCGAUCUAGUGUGUGGUCCUUAUCCUACUACCAAAGCCUGUUUUGAAAAGGUUCCUCAAAUCUUUCAAACAUUCAAAUCCUUUGAAAAAGGUCCAAGAGAUCUACGAAAUGAGACAUUUGUAAUCAAAUUGCUUCAAGUAUUGCUGAGUCUCUCUGAAUAAUCAAUGGAGAAUCACACAAUUGAACUGAUGGCUUAUUUAUCUUCUGAAAACAUCCAACAACCAAAUCAUCAUUUGACCUUAAUAAACCAGAAAUGAGUUUAUUGUCACUCAAAUAAUUAAAUUUAUUUGCUAUUCAUCAACACCAACUUUUAAUGGAUAUCUCAAAUCUCAAUAAGUGAUCGACUUGAAUAAAAUCUUGAAUACCUGAAA